GAAGGAAUGAAAGCUCAAAUGGAAGAAACCAUGAUGCAGUGGCAAAAAGAGAUGGCUGUGGAGAGAGAAAAAUGGCAAAAAGAGAGUGAAAUCAUGUUCAGUAAAAUCAAAACCUUGGAGGAAGACAAGAUUAGAAACAAUGCUCUAUGGGCUAAAAAUGAAAACAGAAUCAGAGAAUUAGAAAAAAUUCAGACAGAGUUGCAGGAGAUUAGUAGAAAACAACUUGAAGAAAUCCAGAAGUUGGAACAAGAGGUUGCUAAUAGAGAGGAGUAUGAAAUGGAGUUAGCUAAUAUGGACCUUGAAGAUUAUGAGAAAGAGACUCAACAGAAAAAGGAAGAUACCGAGUCUGGAAAAUAUAAUGAGCCCACUGAUUAUAAUGCUAGCCAAGAAUCUAUUGGGACCUUGAGGGAGAAAAUGACUGAAAUACAUGGAAGUGAGAUCCUGGAUAAAGAGAGGGAGGAGAAAGAUGUUGAAAUCAAGAGAAGCAUGAGAAACAAAGGAAAAGAAGACAAGAAAAUUGAGGAUAUGGCUAAAAGCAGAGCUGAGGAGAGAGACAAUUAUGAUAAAGGAGCCACCAAGAAAAGCGUUGGAGCUGGGAGCAAGGGCGCUAGAGCAGGCAGCAAAUGAAGUGUUCACAGCCAAGCAGGAUUGGAGGAUCAACGUGGCUAGAUUGAAAUGAAUGAAUGAAGAAAGUCUCUCCUGCGGUGGUGAACCUGAUGUUUGGUGCUCCUGUAGAAUAGAUCUUUGGCUCCUUUUUUGCUGCUUUUGCUUCUGCGUUGAUGUAAUGACCCU